AUGGAGGAAUUCGCGCUCAGCCAGACUCCUGAGGAAGAAGGAGGCCCUUCAAGCCAGGCCUUCCCAGACUCACGUGAGAAGUACCCCAAGCUGUCCAAAAGACUGCCGUCGAUCGUGGUGGAGCCAACUGAGUCUGGGGAUGUAGAGAGCGGCGAGCUGCGCUGGCCUCCUGAUGACCUGAAAUCAGCAGAAGACAAAGGUCUUCAUGGUGACCAAAGAGUCUGUGUCCAGCAGCAGCAGCAGCAGAUGGAUCUGGAAGGUCUGAACUGA